CCCAUGAUGCACCGAGACGGCUCCAAGUCCCCCCAGUGCGCCGCCAUGUUGUCGGAGUGAUAGGCAGCGGUAGGGAGACGGCUCCGGGGGCUGAGAGAAACACUGACCCAAUCUGACUCCAUCCUCCCGCUCCGCCCGUGUUGGUGGAAUGAGCGUUGCAUGUGUCUUGAAGAGGAAAACAGUUCUCUGGCAGGACUCCUUCAGCCCCCACCUGAAACAGUACACAGAAGGCACCCUUAACCACAACAUGCCCGUGGUCCUGACAUCUGGACCGGUGGGCCAGCAGCAGCCACCACAGCACCCAACCCAUUCUGCACUGGCUGCUGGCCCCCAUGCUAGUCCUGUUGGCAGUUCUAUGGGUGUGGCUGGACGCUCUCAGGACGAUGCUAUGGUAGAUUACUUUUUCCAGAGACAACAUGGCGAGCAACUUGGGGGAGGUGGAAGUGGUGGAGGCGGUUACAACAAUAGUAAGCACCGUUGGCCGACUGGAGACAAUAUACAUGCGGAACAUCAAGUCCGUUCUAUGGACGAGUUAAAUCAUGACUUUCAGGCCCUUGCACUUGAAGGAAGAGCAAUGGGAGAACAACUGUUGCCUGGCAAAAAAUUUUGGGAAACAGAUGACUCAAACAAGGAUGGACCAAAGGGCAUUUUUCUGGGGGAUCAGUGGCGUGAAAGUGCAUGGGGGACAUCAGAUCACUCUGUUUCCCAGCCCAUCAUGGUCCAGAGGCGGCCAGGUCAAGGAUUUCAUGUUGGCAGCGAAGUAAACUCUGUUCUCUCACCUCGGUCUGAAAGUGGUGGUUUGGGAGUCAGCAUGGUGGAGUAUGUCCUAAGCUCCUCUCCUGGAGACAACUGCCUGAGGAAAGGAGGAUUCGUAAGUGCCUCUCCCUUAAUACAAACAAGGGGGGCCCUUCGAUUGCCAAGAUAUAGAAAGAUGCAGGGCCCUCGAGAUCCAGAAGGAGAUGACCAUGAGAAGGGUGAUAAAAAGAGCAAAGGUGUUUAUGAAGGGGACAAGCUUGGAGACCUGAAGGAGGAAGCAGAUAGUAUGGAUAAGGCUAAUGGGCUACCUGUACAGAAUGGGAUUGACAGUGAUGUAAAGGAUUUUAGUCGUACCCCUGGCAACUGCCAAAAUUCUACUGAUGUGGACCUUCUUGGAUCAAGCCAGAAUGGUACUGAAGGACUUGCACAACUGACCAGCAGCAAUGGAGCCAAGCCAGUGGAAGAUUUUGGAGGCAUGGAAUCACAAAGUGUGCAGCUGGACCCCAUGGAGCAUGUUGGCAUGGAGCCACUUCAGUUUGACUAUCAAGGCAACCAAGUUCCAGUUGAUUCAGGGGCCACUACAGUUGGCCUCUUUGACUACAAUUCACAGCAGCAGUUGUUCCAAAGACCGAAUGCCCUUGCAGUCCAGCAACUGACAGCAGCUCAACAACAGCAGUAUGCCCUUGCAGCAGCACACCAACCGCACAUAGGUAUGUUUUCAGCAGGUUUAGCUCCCGCUGCAUUUGUACCAAAUCCUUACAUCAUCAGUGCAGCUCCUCCUGGAACUGACCCAUAUGCAGCAGGAUUGGCAGCAGCUGCAACCCUUGGCCCUGCUGUGGUUCCUCACCAGUAUUAUGGGGUGACUCCAUGGGGAGUAUAUCCUGCCAACAUCUUCCAGCAGCAAGCAGCAGCUGCUGCAGCAGCAAGUAACUCUGCGUCCCAACAAAAUAAUCCACAAAAUCAACAGGGCCAGCAGCAAGUUCUUCGUGCAGGUGGGAACCAGCGGCCUCUAACCCCUAACCAGAACCAACAGGGACAGCAAAAUGAUCAGCUAGUGGCAGCAGCUGCUGUGAACUCUGCACUUGCAUUUGGGCAAGGGCUUGCUGCUGGCAUGCCAGGGUAUCCAGUACUGGCUCCUGCCGCAUACUAUGACCAAACAGGAGCACUUGUUGUAAACACUGGGGCAAGGAAUGGGCUCGGGGGUCCUGUUAGGUUGGUAGCCCCUGCACCUGUUAUCAUCAGUCCAUCUGCCGCUCAAGCAGCUGUUGCAGCAGCAGCUGCCUCAGCCAAUGGCCCAGGUGGCACUACAAAUGGACCCUUUCGCCAGUUGAAUUCCCAGCAACCUCAGGGACAGCCACAGCCGCAGGGCAACCAGAAUCUGGCAUCAAGCUCUUUUUAUGGCAAUAAUUCCCUGACCAGUAAUUCCCAAAGCAGCUCCUUGUUUUCGCAGAGUUCAGGUCAACCAGCAAACAGUUCGUUGGGGUUCGGUAGUAGUGGAUCACUAGGGGCAACGCUUAGUUCAGCACUUGGUGGCUUUGGAACAGCAGUUGCCAAUUCUAACACUGGCAGUGGAUCUCGUCGUGAUUCUCUUACCGGCAGCACUGACCUGUAUAAAAGGACUUCCAGUAGCUUGAAUCCAAUUGGACAUAGUUUCUACAAUGGUCUUGGUUUUUCCUCAUCUCCCGGUCCUGUAGGUAUGCCCCUUGCCAGCCAGGGGCCCAGCCAUUCCCAAACACCGCCACCAUCUUUAUCAUCCCAUGGGUCGUCUUCCAGCCUCAAUCUUGGAGGCCUGACUAAUGGUAGUGGUCGUUACAUAUCUGCUGCACCAGGAGCAGAGGCAAAGUACCGCAGUGCGAGUAGUGCAUCGAGCUUGUUUAGCCCAAGCAGCACACUUUUUCCAUCUUCCCGACUCCGCUAUGGCAUGUCUGAUGUAAUGCCUUCAGGUAGAAGCAGGUUGCUUGAGGACUUCCGGAACAACCGCUAUCCCAACUUACAGCUAAGAGAAAUAGCUGGUCAUAUUAUGGAGUUUUCCCAGGACCAGCAUGGAUCUAGGUUCAUUCAACUGAAGCUUGAACGCGCAACUCCAGCAGAGAGACAAUUGGUGUUCAAUGAAAUCUUGCAAGCGGCCUAUCAAUUGAUGGUAGAUGUGUUUGGGAACUACGUCAUACAGAAAUUUUUUGAGUUUGGGAGUCUAGAACAGAAGUUGGCACUAGCAGAACGUAUCCGUGGACAUGUACUUUCCCUGGCUUUACAGAUGUAUGGGUGUCGGGUGAUACAAAAGGCUUUAGAGUUUAUCCCACCUGACCAGCAAGUCAUUAAUGAAAUGGUUCGGGAGCUGGAUGGUCAUGUUUUGAAGUGUGUUAAGGACCAAAAUGGAAAUCAUGUUGUACAGAAGUGUAUAGAGUGUGUUCAGCCACAGUCUCUGCAGUUUAUCAUUGAUGCCUUUAAGAGUCAGGUGUUUGCACUCUCCACACAUCCAUAUGGCUGCCGAGUUAUUCAGAGGAUUUUGGAGCAUUGUCUUCCUGAGCAGACACUGCCUAUCCUGGAGGAGUUGCAUCAGCACACGGAGCAGUUAGUACAGGAUCAGUAUGGGAACUAUGUUAUUCAGCAUGUUUUAGAACAUGGCCGACCUGAAGACAAGAGUAAGAUUGUUGCAGAGAUUCGGGGCAAUGUCCUGGUUCUGAGUCAGCACAAAUUUGCUAGUAAUGUGGUGGAGAAGUGUGUGACCCAUGCCUCCCGCACUGAGAGGGCAAUGCUUAUUGAUGAAGUUUGUUCAAUGAAUGAUGGGCCUCACAGUGCCUUAUACACCAUGAUGAAGGAUCAGUAUGCCAACUACGUGGUGCAGAAAAUGAUUGAUGUGGCAGAGCCGGCACAGCGUAAAAUUGUCAUGCACAAGAUUCGACCACACAUUGCCACGCUUCGUAAAUACACAUAUGGCAAGCACAUUCUUGCUAAGCUGGAGAAGUACUAUAUGAAGAACGGCAUGGAUCUGGGGCCAAUGUGUGGUCCUUCCAAUGGCAUCAUCUAGUGAUCUUCCUGAACCCACUGUAUCUCCCUAUUUCUGCCCACUGCGUGGGAGAUUCAGGGUGUAGCUCUAGCUUUCAGCAAAUUUUUGUAAAUGUCUUUAAUUUUAUUACACCUGAUACAUUAAUUAUUAUUUUAAAGAUCAACUUAACCCUCCCCACUGUAUUUCUGUAUAGAAUCACUUGUACAUAUCUUGUACAUGUCCCCCUCCCUUUCUGAAUGCACGUUCCUCCAUUGUGCAACAGAACCUUUGUGAAUAAAUUUGCUCUUCAAGAAAUCCAAAAGGUUACAACUUUUUAAGCCAAAACGCAUUUCCCCCCCCCCCACAUUUGUUUUAAAACAUACUUUGUUUAACCCAGAGUUCGCAUCUCUAUCCAU